CACAAGUUCUGAGGAACCGUAUUCAAAUGUGCGCGAGGCAAAAACAACGAGGAGCGGAGCGGAAGUGAGGAGGUGGAAGAAGAAAAAAAGACAGAAAACAUCUGGACCUCAUUUGUACCCUGGGGAGAAAGAAAAAAAAUACUGCCAUAAAUCGAACUUCUUAAAUCUUACCUCCUCACUGAGUGGCGGAAACAUCGUUUGCGAUAUGUUUUCGUGGUAAAAUCAUUUUUGUGGAAAGGCAAAGGGGGAAAAAUAAUUACCUGGGCACACUCUGCAGUGGGUUGUGUGCGCGUGCGUGUGACUGUGUGUAUUACGUGAUUGUGUUAGACGCGCGCAGCUCGAGUCUGAUUGCUGGCUACGAGGACAGAAGCAGAAGACCGCGGGACAGCGCGUGGAAUUCAUCCCCGGUUUUUAAACGUUAACGGACAAUUCAGUGAUAACCGAUGCGUCGACAAGUCAGACGUUGACUAGUUUUGCUUUUUGACGCUUUUCAUAGACAUGGCUUUACUAAUGGUUAGGCUGAACACAGUAACGUGCGUUGCUCCACGAAACUUUUGACUUUUGUGAAAAUCAGUUUUUGUUGCGAGUUUCAUUUGCUAUCGGAACUUCAGUCAAGCAUCCAGGAUUUACGGAGGCUCAUGUAACGUCAAACUUUGUAAAUGAAGAUUUAAAACAGCGGCACGCUUUUCAUCUCUCUGCCGGGCAUCGCACAUGGGGUGAUACAGAGUAGCUUCCUGGGCCGCUGAGACGUGACUUUGGGCGUCUCAUUCCCCCUGCCCCUGCUGGCCCAGACAAGCUCGGACAAGCUGCCCUCUGAAUGACUCCUGAUCACAAAGCUGUAGGACUUUGCCAAUCCGCCAUCAUGAGCAAGUACUCGCAGUAUUUCAACAAAACCCUGAUACAGGUCCACUAUUGCGUCGCCAAGGACAUGAACAAAAGCGAACUGCGGAAACGCAUGGAAAGUAAAGGGCGCUUUAGUUCCCUGGACAUUUUAUUCGUGAUCAUCUGCAGCAUCAUCAUCUUGGAAAACCUUCUGGUGCUCAUUGCAGUAUUCCGCAACAAGAAAUUCCACUCGGCCAUGUUCUUUUUCAUCGGGAACUUGGCUUUCUCUGACCUGCUGGCCGGCUCGGCGUACAUCGCCAACAUCUUCCUGUCGGGUCAUCGGACGUUUGAACUGUUUCCUGUUCAGUGGUUCAUAAGAGAGGGCACCGCUUUCAUAGCCCUGGCCGCCUCGGUUUUCAGUCUGCUGGCUAUCGCUAUUGAGCGCUAUAUCGCCAUAACCAAAGUCAAGGUUUACGGCUCCAACAAAACAUGCAGGAUGUUUCUUCUGAUCGGAGCGUGCUGGGUUAUGUCGAUUCUCUUAGGAGGUCUACCUAUUAUCGGUUGGAACUGUAUUAACAAUCUGGAUGAUUGCUCGGCUGUCCUACCUCUCAACUCCAGAUACUACAUACGGUUCGUCGUCACCAUCUUCAGCAUGAUCUUGAUGGCAAUUGUGAUCCUUUAUGUUCGCAUCUACCUUAUCGUACGCACAAGCCAACAAGAGGCCACCAAUUCUCCAGCAUACGCUCUCCUGAAAACCGUCACUAUCGUGCUGGGUGUGUUCAUCGUGUGUUGGCUGCCCGCCUUCACCAUCCUUCUGCUGGACACUUCCUGCUCGAUGAAGCAAUGUCCCAUUCUUAACGACGCCGUCGUCUUCUUCGGCAUCGCCACUCUCAACUCGGCGCUGAACCCGCUGAUCUACACGUUGCGAAGUAAAGACAUGAGGAAGGAGUUCCUCAGGGUUCUUUGCUGCUGGGGGCUGCUCAAUUGCGGCAGACCUCCCCACCGCUGCAUGGUGCCGCUCAAGAGCUCGAGUUCGAUGGAGCACUGCACCAUCAAACACGAAAAUCAGUCAACUCCCAUCAUGCAGGACUGCACUACCUGUGUCUGAACCAUUCUGCACUGUGACCUUGAAAAUGAGAAUUCGAGAAGAUUUGGAGAAAAUCCAUGCACGGAAGGGUUCAGAGAUGAAACAAGAAUCACAAUUUGCUGCGGACUGCAUUUUUAAAGCAAAUAUCAGCCGUGGCACUGGACUCCCUUGUGUUAUUUGUUGCUUCUGUCCUUGCAAAAAAAAGUUCACGACCAUCACAGAGUCAUGGCUUACUCUUGCGCCACAUAUUUGACUUUUUUAACGAAACCAAAUUCGAAUGGGAAUUAUUGCAUUUUGGCUCAUUAGACAAUUUGUGUGUGUGGAUGACAAAAAAGAAAAUGAAAAUGCAAAAACCUUUGUCCCUCUCUAAAUAAAUCAAAGUCGAAAAUAUUGCACUUUGUAGACUUUUAGGCAGUUUGCAAUUGUAUUUUAUACUCACAUUCUGGCCAAUCACAUUCAAGAUCAUCAUAUUCAAUGUGUUUAUAAGUAGGCUGCCAUUGUUAUGGUUCAGAUGAAAAUGCAAUCCAUGCGAGCCCCCAACCACCAUGCAUGCUUGCAUAACGUAUUUAUCGAAAUAUUUGAUAUACAUAACACCCUUUACAUUACAGACAAAAAGUAUUCCGCAUUAUUGUAUUGCAUGAAAGUCUAACCUGUGUAAUAACUAAUAUGUAUGGCAAACUUGUGUACAAUUUCAAUGUUACUCCUGAUUCAUCUUUUGGCCUCCUAAGCUUACUGUACCUUUGCUGUUUUAUUUUUAUCCUUACCAUUCCUAAUGUUUUCUUAGAGGAAAGCACAAUCAGUACGUAGUUACUGAUUUUCGGAAACGAGCGUGUACUGUUCCUUACAGUAGCAGGUAAAAAAUCCAGACCACUGGAAUGACAAUGUUGUAGCAUCGCUGCGGCAGCGUAUGCUUCCUACUUAGUGCCCUCUUAACAAACAGAACUGAAUAUAAGAAUGAAGUGUUAUAAGCGAAAAUUUCGCCAAUCGACAGUAUUAACCAACAUCAUUCUUCUCCUGUGGAGUAUUGAGCUUUCAGCACUCUCUCACUGUGAAGUCUUAUUGACAUUUAAAGUUCAUUGAAAAUAGGAUUAGGACAAAUUAAGCGAGCCUUUCUGUCUCUCUAAAAUGCAUAUUCAUUUUAAGAUAUUGGGGGAUAUCUUUAGCUGUCUUUAAUUUGGUGACAAAUUGUUCACUAUCUACCGAAGAUCAAAACUUCCUGCAGCCACCGGAAGUCCAGUAUUUCCUAUGCUUCUUCCUGUUGUUAAAGACUGAUCUUAAUAUUCAUGUGUGUUAUUGUCAUCAAAAACUUUCACCCACACAGUCAGACGUAUUCACUCUUUGAUCCAAACACGUUUUCGUUUCCUCUGUUGAUCGCUUCGUUCAACAGAGAAAGCACUUCGGCAGCUCUUCCAAUACAACGCCUAAUGUAUUUUUUGUUUUCUUACUUUUAAUUCGCAUAGAGACUCGUAUAAGUCAG